AUGGCGGCGGCGGCGCUGCGGCGGCAGCAGCGGGCGGCGGGCUGUGGGGGCGAGCUCACGGCCCGUGUCUGUCUGUCUGUCGACAGCACUUUCGACGUGGCGGUGGUGGGCGCGGGAAUCGUGGGGCUGGCCUCGGCCCGGGAGCUCGUCCGGCGGCACCCCUCGCUCGCCUUGGCCGUGCUGGAGAAGGAGCAGGAGCUAGCUCAUCACCAGAGUGGACGUAACAGCGGCGUGAUUCACAGUGGGAUUUACUACCAGCCUGGAUCUCUGAAAGCCAAGCUGUGUGUGCAGGGGGCAGCCCUCUGCUACCAGUACUGUGACCAGAAGGGAAUACCCUAUAAACAGUGCGGGAAGCUAAUUGUAGCCGUUGAACAAGAUGAAAUUCCAAGACUCAAAGCUCUGUAUGAACGGGGGCUGCAGAACAACGUCCCAGGUCUGAGGCUGAUUGGACCGAAGGAAAUACAAGCCAAAGAACCCUUCUGCAGGGGUCUGAUGGCCCUUGAUUCUCCUUAUACUGGCAUCGUGAAUUACAAACAAGUGGCCCAGUCCUACGCUGAAGACUUCCAGGAAGCAGGUGGCACAAUCUUGACUGAUUUUGAAGUUACAAACAUGGAGAUGGCUAAAGAAAGCUCUUCAGAAAGUGACGACGGGCUGAAAUACCCAGUCGUUGUUAGGAACUCAAAGGGUGAGGAAAUCUACUGUCGGCACAUUGUGACCUGUGCAGGACUUUACUCAGACCGGCUCUCGGAGAUCAGCGGCUGCAGCCCCGAACCUCGGAUCGUGCCCUUCCGUGGGGAUUAUUUGGUGCUAAAACCAGAAAAGUGCUAUAUGGUUAAAGGAAAUAUUUAUCCGGUUCCCAAUCCUCGGUUCCCAUUUCUGGGCUUUCAUUUCACGCCAAGGAUGGACGGCAGCAUUUGGCUGGGUCCCAACGCGGUCCUGGCCUUCAAGAGAGAGGGCUACAGCUUGUUUGACUUCAGUGCUGGAGAGUUUCUAGAUGCUGUAAUGUACAGUGGGUUAUGGAAGCUUGUGCUGAGCAACCUCUCUUAUGGCCUGAGUGAGAUGUACAGAGCCUGUUCUCUUAGCGCGCAGGUGAAGCAGCUUCAGAAGUUCAUCCCUGAGGUCACUGUCAAUGAUGUGCUCAGGGGUCCGUCCGGAGUGAGAGCUCAAGCACUGGACACUGAUGGAAAUUUGGUAGAUGACUUUGUAUUCGAUGGAGGCAGCGGAGAUAUCGGAAGCAGAGUUCUUCACGUCAGGAACGCCCCGUCUCCUGCUGCCACCUCCUCCCUUGCCAUCGCAAAAAUGAUUGCAGAUGAAGUGAAGAGAAGAUUUGAACUGUGAAUGACUGACAGGUGUAGUGAGAUUUAUCCCUCUUGUAUGUGUAGCAGCUUGUCUGCACUGAAGGAACUCUGCAGCCUUUAAUGACAAAGAUAAAAUGUGCUGCUUGCAAGACCAGCGCCGGUGUAGCUGUCCCGUGCCAAACCAGCCUUUGAAAUGUUUGCCUUUGCCAGCCCACGAUCGUCUCAGCUUGGGGAAUAAAGGAGUUACGGUACCAGCAUCUGUGAGAAAGAAGCAAACAGCCCCGUUGGCAGUGAAGGUUUGUCGACCUUGAGCAGGAACAACCUGCGUUGGACAGAAGGGCUGGUUCCAGGCACGACGCCUGGGUCUCUCCAAACCGUAGCGGGCGGUUGGGUGGAGCAGGAAGAGCCUCUGUGGUGGGGUUGCCCACACGGACUUCCCAUGUCUCUGCUCAAAACAUUGUCUCCUCCUCGCGCUCUGGGGAGGCGGUCGAUCCUCUGAAAAACCACAAGCUUGGGGUGGUUCUCUGUGGGCUUUCUCUCUGGCUCCGGUUAAUGUAAGCUACAGGAGCCUGCAGUCCUGUAGCUUACAUUAAAGUAAUGGAGAUGGAAGGAUAAGCCCUGAUUAAGGGUUCUGCUGAUACGGAAUUAAGGGCUUUAUCAGAGGCUGAAAACAAUAUUCAGAGCCUUCUACGUGAAUGUAGAGUAUUUCAGAGAAAAAUGAGCCUAACAAGGGAUUACCAAACCCAAGUCAAUUUAGAUACAUAAUUCAGAUACGCUGUCUAUCUGAUCGCAGUCUUUAUUUUUUUAUAGAGCUGAAAUUAAAAUGUAUACAUAAACAGUCAUUUUUCAUUUAACUUAAAUCUGGGGACUUGGCACCCAUCAGAAACUACUUCAGUCAUUUUGGGUUAUUUUUUUUCCUUUGAAUACUGGUAAUGCAAAAGGAGCUUAUCUUUGUACAGCGUGUUGAGCAACCCAGUGGAAAUGGUCUUUGUAAAAGCAAAUGUGAAGGGAGGGAAGCUACAGAAACCUGUCUUUAUUGAGUCAUGUUGCACAGCGCUUCCUUUGGAGCCCAAACAGCAGUGAGUCAGGAAAGCUGCCCCAUUUCCCCCAUGGCUGGCAAAAGGGAAGCUCAAAAAGGGCUGGUUACUCUUCUGAGCCCUUCUUGAUAUUUGAAGUUGUAUCAAAGGUACACCUGGACGAGGGUCCGGGUGGAGAACGGGCUUUAAACUCGAGAGAGGUGUUAAACAAGUUUGGUACCGAGCUAACCGAGCAGCUUGGUGUGUUCUGCAUAAUUGCUACAAAAAAGAAUUAUGUGGCCCCAGGGACAAAGUACUUGAGAAUACUUUUAAAGCAGAUGUUCACAGGAUGUUGGGUAACACAGAUAAUUGUGGGUAGUUUGCUACCAGGCAGCUUGCCAUGCUCUUAAGUUACUUUCUGUACUCCUCUGACAUGCACAAGGGGAGUGUGUCAGCACAGAUCAGGUGUGCUCCCUGAUGUUUUUACUGUACAGACCUGAGCCACUUUUGAAGAGAGAAAGGGCUUAACCUUUUUUUUUUUCUUUCCUUUUUUAUUUUGUUUUUUCCCUGGUGGCAUCUACCAGAAGAGUGACUCCCGUAUAAGGGCAACCUGGAAAUUCAAGUAGUAAGCCCUUCAAAGAAAAGCUUUGGUUGUUAUUCUUAGCCACAGUGACACGAGAUGGAGAUUCAUAUAUUCCAAACACUAAAAUGCCACAUGGCUGUGUAAAAGUUAUACCUUCACAAUGGAACAAUCGUAUCUUCGCUCCCCGCCAGAAGUGUUGCCUAUCAACAGUAAAUACUACAAAAGGAUUGCAAAAGCAACUUCCUCCCACACGAGGUGUGGCCCUAACAUGUAUUAACAGAAUAAAGAACAUUAAAAUGCAAAGCAGUCAUAUACUAUGGGGAAUCUCAAGUCAGCACAUUUAACUCUGCAGCCUGCUGUGCUUUUUACUCUCAGGAGGUGAUUAUUCUGGGGAAGAGUUUAACUGAAGCUUUUAAAUUAUGAAUCUUCAUGUAGCAUUCUGUGAAAGAUUUAUAUUUUUAGAGAUAAAAGUUACAAACCUUUUUUAAAGCAGUAACUUCAGAGAGUUACGACAAUGGGGUUUCAUACCUAAAUCUUGUGAAGUGCGAAAAUGUAUGAAUAUAUUUUCUAAAAGAGAUUUCUAGAAGUGAAAGCCCUUCACUUGGAUGGCUUAAUAACUGUGCCUUUCUCUACUAUGAUUAAAAUAGCGUGGUGGGUUUUUCUAAUUGCUGUAAGGUCUGUGUAUUUCUCCUGACUUACGGAAAAGUUUCACUGCUAUUUGCUAAUUCUCAUCCGAAUUAGGCAGGAUAUAGCUCUGUAUAAUAGGAAUUACUUUAUUUUGGGGGAGGGGGAAACACACAUGACCAAACUUGUCUUCCUAUCGUACCUGUAUCUUGUCUCUCCUUAUCACACUUCGUGGCUUUUUCUCACACAGGUAUGUCUGCAGCGGACAGAACUAGUCUUAAGCCUGAUCUGGACCUGUAAUGGCAUGUGGAGUGGCAAUUCUUGAAAUUCUGAAUAAAUGCAUUAGGACAGCUUUGGACAAAC